AUGUUGAUUCCCAAGGCCGACCGCAAGAAGAUCCACGAGUACCUCUUCCGUGAGGGCGUGCUCGUCGCUCCCAAGGAGUUCAACCUGCCCAAGCACCCCGAGAUCGACACCAAGAACCUGUUCGUCAUCAAGGCGUGCCAGUCGCUCACCUCGCGCGGCUAUGUCAAGACCCAGUUCUCUUGGCAAUGGUACUACUACACCCUGACCCCCGAGGGUCUCGACUACCUCCGCGAGUGGCUGCACCUGCCCGCCGAGAUUGUUCCCGCUACGCACAUCAAGUCGCAGCGCACCCACGCUCCUCCCCGCGGCAUGCUCGGCGAGGGUGAGCGUGAGAGGAGGCCUUUCGGUCGUGGACGUGGUGGUGACCGUGGCGACCGCGAGGGUGGCUACCGUCGCCGGGAUGCUGGUGAGGGCAAGGAGGGUGCUGGUGCUCCUGGCGGUUACGCCCCUGAGUUCCGUGGUGGUUUCGGACGUGGUGGUGGCCGCGGCGGCGCUCCCCCUUCGUAA